AUGGCUUCCUUGCCGCGUGUACUCAGUGUGCAGUCACACGUCGUCCACGGGUAUGUGGGCAACCGUGCUGCUGUCUUCCCCCUCCAGCUAUUGGGCUUCGAGGUAGACGUGAUCAAUUCUGUGCAGUUCUGCUGCCACACUGGCUAUCCCUCGUUUGCCGGUCAGCGCCUUUCGGGUGACGAUCUUGAGACACUGAUUAAGGGCAUGUCUACCAAUCAGGUGCUCAAUCAUUCUUUCCUGUUGACGGGGUACAUUGGCACCGCAUCCUUCUUGAGGGAGGUUCUCAAGCUGCGCCAGAUGCUUCCAGCCAGUUGUUGCUAUGUUUGUGAUCCAGUCCUAGGAGACAAUGGGCACAUGUACGUUCCCGAAGACUUAGUCGCCGUGUAUCGCACUGAUGUCUUGCAGCAUGUUUCGGUCCUGACACCAAACCAGUUUGAAGCAGAACUACUUACCCAGAUGAGUAUCACUGGUAUCGACGACGCAGCCGCGGCUUGUGACAAGCUACAUCAGAUGGGACCCAAGAUUGUGGUGCUGACAACACUCGAUGUGCCAGAAGCGACACGAGAGGGGCAGGACGUUGCCAUGAUGCUGUCCUUUUCUGGUCGGAAGUGGAUGCUCCGGCUACCGCGUGUAGAGGGUGGACCUUUCACCGGCACUGGCGACCUCACCGCUGCAAUGAUACUCGCAUGGACACAGAGGAAGCCUCAUGAACUGCCUUUGGCCCUAGAAAUGGCCGGGGCGGUGCUGCAGGCAGUGAUCAAGAAGACAAUGGCCUCCUCCGCUGCUCAGAUGAUCGGCGACAAGCGUGUCCCUCCAGAGUUGCGACUUAUUGAGUCCAAAGUCGCGAUUGAGUCGCCAAGCAUCCGCUUUCGAUGCCAGCUAACUCCACCGCUCAACUUUGCCUGUUUGGCUUUUCAUGAUGCAGUGGUCGACGGCAACUGCAAGGGCAUCCUGCAGAGCCUUAGCGCUGCUGCACGGGUUUGCGUAGUGUCGGACAAGGCUGACACCUCCAAAGACUUCUCCACACUAGAGAAGCUGAGCGUCCUCUGUGUGAAGUCGGGUGACUCGCAGGCCUUUGCCACUAGCCUUUCUUCCAUCGGGAUCUCACCCCGCGAAGUUCUUGCAGUUGGAGCUACUUGCGAUUUUCUAGCAACCGCUGCAGCCGCUGGGUGCUGUCCGGUCGCCAUGCUGGUAGGUGACGACUCAGAAGGUCAGAGCAAUGGAAACCCUUCAGGAGGUGCCAGAGACCACCAGUCUCUCUCAGCCAAGGCGGAGUUCACGAUCUCUUCCUUUGACUCUUUGCGCCGAUUUCUUCCAGCCUGGUCUGGCUGCCCCGAGUGA